AUCAGGUCCAAAGGAAACAAAGCAUAUUUGCUUGAUGUUGGAUCCAGAAAGAUUCCCGUAUAUUGUCACAUGACCAAACAUCUGCUUGAUGCAUGCGGAGGAGGUGGAUGGACGCUGGUCAUGAAGAUCGAUGGCUCAAAGGUAUCAAACGUUAAAUAUUCUCACAAGUAAUUUGAACUGGCACCUUCUAAUUCCCACUAUAAACGAUAACUUACAGUGCAAGUCAAGAGUCUAAGCCGAGGGGGGAGGGGGAAGGGAAUCUAGUACGUGUAGGUUUAAAAAGAGUUAGCUCAAUGAUGUAUCAAUUCACUAUAAGUCAUGAGUACUAGACAAGGUACUAAGAGAAUAAUAUCCGAGGACAAAAUUAGUAAACAACAAGAUGUGACUGUACCCUAUUUGUCGAAAAGAUAAAACUGCAAAGCGAUAGUAAUUUAUAUAAAUGGUGUUUUUCUUUUUCAAAUGCACCCAGAAAACCUUUCACUACAAUUCCAAUCUCUGGAGCAACACAGUCGACUUCAAUCUUCCAGGAGGGAAGACUGGGUUGGACACUCGCGAGACCAAGUUACCGACUUAUUGGAACACACCGUUUAACAAGAUCUGUCUUGGAAUGAGGGUUGGUCACAAGUUCUCCUCUGUUGUCAUCAACCAUCAAGCCAGAUCCCUGUAUUCACUGAUCGCAGAUGGCAAAUACCGAGCUACUUCACUGGGCCGUAACACGUGGAAGAAGCUCAUUGGGUCUCGGGCCUCUUUACAACCCAAUUGCAACAAGGAAGGAUUCAACGUACUGAGUUCUAGCCGACACAGCAAAGCGAGAAUUGGUAUCUAUAGCAACAGAGAAAAUGACUGUAACAGCUGUGACUCCAGGAUCGGGUUUGGCACUGGAGGGUAUCCUAAUGACUCCAAUACAUGUGGUAACGAAGCUGAUAAAGACGAAACAGAUAAUGGCGACCAGAGCAUGAAAGCUAUGGGAUACAUCUUGGUUCAAUAA